AUGUCUCCUCCCAAUGCUCCAAAUCCAAUAGUCAACAGAACCUCUGACUCACUCUCCACUGCUGCCUCUCAUCUUACCCAUCGUGAGCUUCUCUGCCGUCGUCUUCGCAACAUCAAACGUCUUACCAAACAAUACAGACGUAUGUAUUGGGAUCUCAUGGAAGAAGUCAGGAUCAAACAUAUACAAUAUGUUACUGAAACUGGUCUUAGUCCAUUCGAGGAUGAACCUGAUGUUGUCGUUGAUAAAUACACUAACAUAUGUACUUUCGAUGGUUGCAUGUCCAAGCCUAUGCCUUGCACUUCAUUUUGCUUUCCACAUAUUCUCUCUGAUUCAAAACAAGUGCUUUAUAAGCCUUGCACUUUCGUUAUCGCAAGCGGCUGGAUCGGUAACAUGCAACAUACCUAUAGUGAGAUCCACGACUCCCUCAUACUGCACUGUCCACAUGCAAAAGGCAAAAACAAGUAUGAUGAUGAUGAUAAAGAGGAAAGCAAAACUGAGGCUGAGAAGAAAGAUGAUACAAAGGAAGAUGAAACUGAAGCUAAGAGAGAAAAUGAUAUAGCUGAGGAGUGA